UAUAGAAUGUUAAUGGAUACUUGUGAAAAUGAAAUACUCGUUCUUGGUGAUGGUGAUUUCUCUUACAGUGCCAGUUUGGUUCCAUCCAUCAUGAACCAAUAUCAUUUGACGUCUACUGUAUUUUUGUCGAUGGAAGAACUCCUAUCAACUUACGGCAAUGAUGUGCUAAAAAAGAUACAAUCACUGACCGAACAAAAUGUCAAAGUUGUGUUUUCUGUGGAUGCAACUGAUCUACCUCCUACAAUAUACCAGAAACAGUAUGAUAGCAUUCAUUUCAAUUUUCCUCACUCUGGAGGAAAAGGAAAGAUCAGCGAAAAUCGGAAGCUCCUUGUAAAUAUCUUCAAAUCGCUGCAAGCUUUAGUAAAAGCCACAGGAAAUAUUGAGAUUGCAUUGUUACCUGGUCAGGGUGGAACUCCAGCAGAUGGAGAAUCUCUCCGAAGUAAGGGAAACAAUUGGAACAUACAAGAAGCAGCAGCACAGUCAGGAUUUAUUCUAUACUCUGUUGAAAAGUUUGGGACUGAACUGUACAAUUUGACUGGUUAUCGUGGUAGAUCAAAAUCAUUCUUUUGUGACAGUGGAUUUCGACACAUGUUUAAACAUCAGCCGUUUAGAACGAAUUCAUUGACAGAAACUCUCCAAUCUUUACAACCUGGGUCCUACAUUGAGCAAUACUUAAAAGAGUCAAAUUAUAUUGGACAAUCAUUUACAUAUCGGUGUAAUACCACUAUCGGGCAUUUUGAUGAGUUAUUUUCUAUCGUUUUGGAUGAAAAUGAAAGACCUUCAAAACGUGCCAAGCUUGAAGAAACUGAAACAAUCGAUCAUCACAUUCUUAAAGUUACUAACUUAGAAAGCAAGAAAAUGUUAUUUUACCCUAUCAAUAAAACCAAAGUUUUGUAUCCAUCCUGUAUAAGACAUGAUGUUAGUAUGUGGACUGACUCGGCUACCACUCCCAAUAUAAUACCUGUCUUAUUAGAGUGUAUCGGUCUGGCUCUUCACCAGGUAGGUAAAAGAGAGCCGGAGCCGUGGUUCAACCCAACAUUACAAAAGUAUUCUCACUGCUUCAGCAUCACCUACUCACACCCAUUCGAGGCUUUGUCGGAACAAUUUGUUAAACAACUUGCACAUGGGACUGUUAGAGAACAUUUAGCAAAGAGCGGAUUUGAUCUACACUGAAUAUAUCGAGAUAAUAUGUUGUUACAAGUUUCAAUACAUUACAGUUAUUUAGAUAUGGGGUAGUAUUUGUUAUUGGGUACUUCUUCAAUACAUACCA